AUGGCACUCAUGGCCGCCAUGACAUUGGUUCUGGCGCAUUUAGACAGUCAUCGUGAUGCAAGCAGUCUACUUGUACAUCAGUACCUCAGCGACCGCGCAAUGAUGGAACAAGCUCAGCAAAGUAUGGAAGAGCUCAGCCGUAGAAAUGGCGACUCACUCAGUACCGAGAGUGCUGAUUUAUUACGCCGCUUGCUGGUUAUAGAAGCUGAAGCUUCCGACGGUCAUAAGGGACGUACAGAGCACGUCAGCAUACAACCACAGGAGGUGGAAGCCCCCUAUCACAACGAGAAUGAUCAUGGCAAUGGCGUUGUGCGCGUAAGCAUCCCAUACUUUGGCAUUAUCAAGAUUGCACGAGGGGGGAUCAUGUCGAAGGAGAUUCUCGAACUACCAGAUAAGCCUGCGGCGGCACAAGACCGACAGGCGCCGACACCAGAAACGAUGGGAGUCAACAACCCCGCCAGUGCACAGAAAAUUUAUACGCAGCUUACACCUCAGCCUUCGCAGUCCGCCUUUUCCAGCCAGGCAACCGACUUGGGUAACUCGUACAGCCCAAAUAGGUUGUCUGCCCUGGCGCAGGACCAGUCACGGAACCAAGCUAUGCCUAAUGUUCAGACUGCCAUCGAGGACAUGAACUACACUUCCGUACGCUCGCAUUCACUGGAUUGCUCCUACGCCCCCUAUCUUCCAGACAUCGCCGCUGGCGUUAAUGAUUGGACGUUUCAGGGUGUAGAUAUGGCAUUUUUCGAGAGCCUGGCGAGCGGUGAUGCAAAUAGUGCAAAUUUUCACGCAAAUGUGCUCGACUGGCAGAAUAGUGGGACUUGA